GAAGACACUGCACCCACGCAGCCUUUGAUGACACCGCUGCCUUCCCGCCAAUCCUGCAUCCAAUCAGAGAGCGUCCCCACUACACGUGUUGCAUAAUGGCCAAUCACAACUGGGAUCCGGCCCUCGGUCCGCCUCUUAGGAACUCCGAGCCAAUGGUGGCCUAGCACCAGCAAGCCAAUCCCGGGCAGCGCACGAGAGCAGGAGGUUGCAGUUUCGCUAGCGGCGGCAGCGGUUGAGGUCGGCUAGAGUUCGGGUAGUAGCAUUGGGCUGCAGCGGAGUUCACCAUGCGCGAGUGUAUCUCUAUCCACGUGGGGCAGGCAGGUGUCCAGAUCGGCAAUGCCUGCUGGGAACUGUACUGCCUUGAACAUGGAAUUCAGCCCGAUGGUCAGAUGCCAAGUGAUAAAACCAUCGGUGGCGGGGACGACUCCUUCAACACGUUCUUCAGUGAGACUGGGGCUGGCAAGCACGUGCCCAGAGCAGUGUUUGUGGACCUGGAGCCCACUGUGGUCGAUGAAGUGCGCACAGGGACCUACAGGCAGCUCUUCCACCCGGAGCAGCUGAUGACCGGGAAGGAAGAUGCAGCCAAUAAUUACGCCCAGAGGCCUUACACCAUCGGCAAGGAGAUUGUCGACUGGUCCUGGACCGGAUCGCAAACUGGUAAGAAGAGAAGGCUUCAGGCGGAUCUGUGCACAGGACUGCAGGGCUUCCUCAUCUUCCACAGCUUUGGGGGCGGCACUGGAUCUGGGUUCGCAUCUCUGCUCAUGGAGCGGCUCUCAGUGGAUUACGGCAAGAAGUCCAAGCUAGAGUUUGCCAUUUACCCAGCCCCCCACAUCUCCACAGCCGUGGUGGAGCCCUACAACUCCAUCCUGACCACCCACACGACCCUGGAACAUUCUGACUGUGCCUUCAUGGUCGACAAUGAAGCCAUCUAUGACAUAUGUCGGCGCAACCUGGACAUCGAGCGUCCCACAUACACCAGCCUCAAUCGUCUGAUUGGGCAGAUUGUGUCCUCUAUCACGGCCUCCCUGCGGUUCGAUGGGGCCCUGAAUGUGGACUUGACAGAAUUCCAGACCAACCUAGUGCCUUACCCUCGCAUCCAUUUCCCCCUGGCCACCUAUGCCCCGGUCAUCUCAGCCGAGAAGGCCUACCACGAGCAGCUGUCUGUGGCCGAGAUCACCAAUGCUUGCUUCGAGCCAGCCAAUCAGAUGGUCAAGUGUGACCCUCGCCAUGGCAAAUACAUGGCCUGCUGCAUGUUGUACAGGGGGGACGUGGUCCCAAAAGAUGUCAAUGCAGCCAUCGCCACCAUCAAGACCAAGCGCACCAUCCAGUUUGUGGAUUGGUGCCCGACUGGAUUUAAGGUUGGCAUUAACUACCAGCCCCCACGUGGUCCCGGGGGAGACCUGGCCAAGGUACAGCGGGCUGUGUGCAUGCUGAGCAACACCACGGCCAUCGCGGAGGCCUGGGCCGCUGACCAUAAGUUUGAUCUCAUGUAUGCCAAGCGGGCCUUCGUGCACUGGUAGGGGGAAGGCAUGGAGGAGGGGGAGUUCUCCGGCCGCGAGGACCUGGCAGCUCUGGAGAAGGAUUAUGAAGAGGUGGGCGUGGAUUCUGUGGAGGCUGAGGCUGAAGAAGUCGAAGAAUACUGAGGGGAGGGUGUGGUGGGUUCUCCCCUGCCACCCCCAGGAUGGCUGCUUUCGAAUUGUUUGCAAAUAAA